AUGGGUGACGAUGUCAUAUGCAUCGACUCGGACGACGAUGACGAGGAUGAUGUAUCACACGCUGGAAGGACACUCGGAACACGUGCUUCCGCUGGUCGACGGUCCGGCGGUCGAGGAUACUGGCAGCAACGGCGCAAAGCUCUACGGGAAAGAAAGAAACGCGACUUGCAGACCGUUUGCAGACCGCUGGUGGGCCUUUUGGAUGGUUUGAGACGGUUGAACAGCGAGCUGUCCCUCGGUGGAGUUCCCAAUCAUUCCGUGGCGCAGCGGGCUCAGCGGCUGGUGGCGGACUUCGGACGACACUUGAUGCCGGCAUCGGACCGGCAGGAAGGCUGGCGACAAGUGUUGAGAUUUCUGUUGGUUCUCCGCACGUUCGGAGGAAGGUUCGAGUCGGCCGACGGUGAAGCAGACGGUCACGGGAAGGACCAUUCCAGAAGCAGCAAGCGACGACAAAGCUACUCCCGCUACCAGCUGACAGUGAUCGAUAUACUGGUGGACUACAUCCGGUUCCGGUGCGAGACGCUGACCGCUCGGCAGCCACCGGCCACCCCGAGCGUCCUGCUGCACGAGUGCAACCGGAUCGUCACCAAUCUGUUUGCAAUCUUUGACGGAAGCGUAGAGCUGGUGACGUUGACGCUGCUCCGCACGCCACCGGAACCACGCUACACGAUGCUGCUGUAUCCGGUGUUCGAGGCCAUCCUUACGGACCGGUCGGGACGGUGCGGUGGGGUGGCUGGAACGAUCCCAUCCUACGUCCGGAUGCUGCUCUGCUUCAAACGCUGGCGUUCGCUGGCCGUCGGUCGGACGGAUAAGGCUGUCAUCGAUGCACAGGCUGGCCACUUCCUGCCCGCACGUUGCCCCACGGUGCUAAACGCUUCCGAUGUGCCGUUUCUUCGCCUGCUCCCAGCAGUACCGGCUGCUCAACGUGUCAACGAAACACGCUACCUGAUGGCCAACGAUUUGUUCAGCUUGGAUCGGUGUGUCGCGCAGUUCUUCCGUCACCAUCGCCGAAUGUCGCCGGCUGCUGCGGACGAACGUCAGCUGUCAGGCAUCGCUCCACGGCCUGCUACGACGACGACGGCGAACCGUCCGCCUUCCUCUCUCCCAGUUCCGAAACAUGCAUUUCCGCGACAAUCAAAUCAGUCACAGAAGUUUAGGUCACUUCAUCAAUCAACCGUAGCUCAACUCGUGUCAAUCCUUCGCCGGUUCUACAAUCAAUCGCAUUGCGACACGGCGUUGGCGCACGAUCGCUGCAACUGCACUGCACUGGAAGCGAGCAGCAAUUACAUCAACGCGACCCUGAUGGCGGAGCUGAUCGAGCGGAAGGGUCAACUUUGGGCGCGGGCCUUUCCGGCGCCAGCCGCAUGUCUGCUCCCGGAGGCGCACUCCAUCGUCGAGAGCCUACGGAUGAUAUUUUGCCAGCGGACGGAAUUCAUCGAACUGACGUUACUUCUAGUCCCUGCCAGCCCCGAGCACGCCCCACUACUCGCGCCCAUUUUUGCCGCCUUUCUAGCGACCCCGGCCGACCCGGGGCUAACGGCCGCACCGAUCACCACCCCCACCGGACUGACCAUCUACCGCUCGAACGACGUGGAAACGUACGGCCGGCUGAUCCUGUGCUACGCCAAGUGGAAAGCGCUCUACCAAAUGUCCAACCGCGCGGACGAUGGCGCACCCGAACCGACCGAAUGGACGCACGUCGAUACGAUUGCACUUUCGCAACUACCGUUCGAUUUUCCCCGUGUCCUUUGUGCUCGUGACGCUCGUUUGCGAAAAGUUUUCCCAUCCUAUGCGAGCAACGGAACGGGUCCGGUUGCGGCAGGUGUCAUGGCGCCGGUCCGAGGAUCGAACCAUACGGUGACGCGGUUUCUUCUUCGCACGCUCCCGAAACGGGCCGACCUCCAGGAGCUAUGUUUACAAUUUAUCGAGGCUUAUCGUAGCGGCUUGCAGAAAGUGGAACCACAACCGAUCCGUAUCCCCGGCAAUGAUUCGAUGACGUGCUCGGCCGCAUACAAAUCAAUGUCCGCUUCCCUCGACCGGACGGAUCGCAAGCAGCCAAGCGUCGACGACGACGGUACGGCCACGUCCGGCCAGCCUACCCUGCGGACGGAAAUGAAACCGAUUAUUAUUCCGGACAGCGACGAUGGAGACGAAAUGUCCGCCAGCGAUACCAUCCUGUCGGUUUCAAUGUCGACGAUGCUUGUGCAGGCAGCGCUUUGUCCGGCAGCAGUUUCCGGAAGUCCCGGGACGACCCUCGAGCUGGACCGAAACACGUCAAGCACACCGACACCAAGCGGCGAGUUCGAUUGCGUGGUGAGUGGGGCACCGAUUCCGUGGCCACCGUUCACCGUGGAAUGCUUUCUCAAUACGCCCCCGGCCACCCCCCAGCAGGAAGUGAACACCGAGUCGGCCGAAGAGGACCAUCGGCGGUGUUUGACGGUCAAAAAGCCGCCCCUUCCGAGCUGGUGCCGUCUGAAGGGGACGGUUCGAUCGAUAGAGCGUAGGGGGAAAAAACGAACCACUGCGGGUUUCGUCGCCCUCAGGCACACACUGAGGAGGCUGUUCGAUGGUGGUGUUGGUGGUGGUGGUUGGUGGAGUUUCGCCGACGUUCUUGCGGUUCAGGUUCCGCUCGCCCGGAACGUUCGCUGGUGCUCGUCGAUAAUUAACGUGCCAACGAUACCGGUAGAUGGUUGCACCGCAGACACCUACCUGCUGCCGAACCGUACGGCAAGCUUCAACUCCCACGAGCUUUUAUCAGAUCGCUCUUAUGUCGCGCGGGAAUCGGCUCCAUCCGAUGCAACGCUGCUUGAACUGAUCAACUGUCUCGAUGCGGGUGACAGUAGUUCAUCGUUCGGUUCGACGCAGGCUUGUGUCGAUUUUGUCAUCCCUCCCGACAAUCCGGGCCGUGCCGACCUUGGCCACCCGAGCGCCAUGAACGACCAGGCGUCUCCAUCGGCGUUCGAGACACCGGUCGACACGUCCCCGCUCUUCGCUAGCGCCAGUGAUAGGUUUGUACACUUGGUCACCGAGCUGGGGCCCGUGUCCUGGCCGAUUGUGUAG